AUGACGGGCAGAGGCUAAGUGCCAAGCCUUGCUGCAGCCAUGCCUCCUGCCCUGUUCCUGUGCCCCCUCUUCCUGGCCUCUGCCCUGGGCCCAACCCUGGCUGUGGCCCACCUGCCCAACAGCACCAGCUUGGCAGCCACAGGCCCCCUCCCAGCCCUGUUGGCCCACCUGCGCCGGCUGACAGGGGCCGUGACGGGGAGCAGCGGUGGUGGCGGUGGUGGCGGCGGCAGCGGUAGCGGGCUAUCCAAUGCGACCUCGGGGGGCAGUGGUGGAGGGCAGGCAGCUCGGGCCCCCCUGCCUGCAGAGCUGUGCCAUGGUUACUAUGAUGUCAUGGGCCAGUACGAUGCCACCUUCAACUGUAGCACUGGCUCCUUCCGCUUCUGCUGUGGCACGUGCUAUUACCGCUUCUGCUGUGAGCACCGCCACAUGCGCCUGGCCCAGGCCUCCUGCUCCAACUAUGACACCCCAGUCUGGGCCUACACACCCCAGCCCUCUGAUGCUGGUGGGCCCGGUGCAGGCGGGAAUGGCGGGGGGCCUGGGCCCGGUCAGCCAGGCUGGCUGGAUGGGAACCGGGCGGGGUCUGGAGCCGGAGGCGCUGGAGGCAGGGGUGGCGAGGGGCCAGGCGGCAGCACAGCCUACGUGGUGUGUGGCGUCAUCAGCUUCGCCUUGGCUGUGGGUGUAGGUGCCAAGGUGGCCUUCAGCAAAGCAUCCCGGGCCCCCCGGGCUCACCGGGAGAUCAACGUGCCCAGGGCCCUGGUGGAUAUCCUGAGGCACCAGGCAGGGCCAACCACCCGUCCUGACCGGGCACGGAGCAGUUCCUUGACCCCAGGCCUGGGAGGACCUGACAGCAUUCCUCCCCGGCCCCCCAAAAACCUCUAUAAUCCGGUCAAAGCCUCCAACCACGAUACCCUGCAUCAUAAUUACAUCCAUCUCAAUGUCAACAGUCCCAAACACCACGCUGCCACGCUUGACUGGCGGGCCCAGCCUCCCCCCAGCCCCGUCCUCCAUUACUCUACCCUCUCCUGCUCCCGAUCCUUCCACAACCUCUCCCACCUGCCCCCGUCCUACGAGGCCGCAGUCAAGUCAGAGCUCAGCCGAUACUCUUCCCUCAAGAGGCUUGCUGAGAAGGACCUGGAUGACAUGUACAUGAAGAGGAGGCACCUGGCCGAGCUCCCCCGUGGCACCCUGCCCCUCCACACCAUGCGCCGGCCCGGCACCGGGGGCGGCGGCUACGGCGGGGCUGGCGAAGGCUGGGGCAGCCCUGAGGAGCAGGCGCCGAUGCCCAACCCCCGGCGGGUCAUGUCUCAGGAGCAUCUGCUGUCGGACAGCGGCCGGGGCUCCCACUAUGAGUUCACCCUGCCCCGGGCCCGCCUGGUCUCCCAAGAGCGCCUUUUGCUUUCCUCUCCCGAGGCCCUACAGAGCCAGGAGCGGCUCCUGUCCCCGCCCCGAAGCCCCGCGCCACCGCCAGACGCACCCCGAGGGGGUCUGGCCGCCUCCCACACCAACCUGCUGCUGGGGCCCGGCCCCCCGACUCCCCUCCAUGGCCUACCCCCUCCCCUUCACACCCACCACGCCCACCACCCCCACCACCUGCGCCACAGCCUGUCCCCUUCGGCCUGGGGGGGCAUGGGGGCUGAGGCAGGGGGCGGUGGGGGCACGUUGGCCCGACGCCCCCCCUUCCAGCAUCAGGGAGGCCUGGAGACCCUCCAGUUCAUCCCUGGCCACCACCACCCACAACACCUGCGCACAGCAAGCAAGAAUGAGGUGACAGUCUGAGGGCUCAAAGCCUACCCUCCCGGAGGCGCCCACCCACACGAGGCUCUGGCCGGCCUGCCUGGCCGAUGGGGGGCCUCAGGGGCGUCGUUUCUGGGGCUCCGCCCCCGCCCCCCCUUCUGGGAUGUGAUCUCCAGAGGCUCUGGUUCCUCCUGUGACAUCACCUCCAAACGCUAACCCCUUUCCUAUGUCGUGAUCUCCAGAGACUCUUCCUUCCAGUGACAGCAUCUCCGGGGGCUCUGCCCCUUGGAGGGACAACAUCCCUACUGGAUCUACUUCUUAUGACGGCACUGCCAAAGUCUUCGCUCCUUCCUGUGACAUCGUCCCCAGAGGCUCCGCCCCUUCCUCUGACAUCACCUUCAAAUGUUAGCCCUUCCUGUGACAUCAUCCCCAGGGGUUGCCCCUUUUCCUAUGAGGUCAUCUCCAAAGUCUGCACUCCUAAUCCUGCAGCACCACCUCCAAAGGGUCUGCCAAUUUUAGGACAUCGACUCUGGAGGCUCCCUCCAUCCUUUCCUGGGAGGUCAUUUCUAGAGCCGUCACCCCUUCUUAUCACCUCAUCUCCAGAGACAGUGCUCAUCCACAUGACCUCAUCCGCCACGGGCUCCAUCCCUUCCUGGGACAUGGUUCCGACCCUUUUAUGAAUGCCCAGCGAGGGCCGGGGGUCAGCUGGAGAUGGUCCCGGACACAUUCUGGGACGCCAUCCCUCCUUGAGUAUCUCUGCAUUCCAGAUGCAUUCCCGCCAAGGUUCAACCCUUUCUUUUUCCUACAUUGUCAUUUUCCAGAGGCCCCACACCUCUCCUUGGAGACGGGCUCCUAGCCUCUGACUCUUUCUGGGCUAUUGGCCUUGAAGGCUCCCCUGUUCCCCCCAUGUGGAAUCCACAGUCGUGGGCUCCAGCUCUCAACGGAUGGAGGCGUUGGCCAUGAGCCCAGCCUUUUGGCCUCCCAGCCUUUUCUCUGGCCUUUCCCCCCUUUACUGUCAGUGAAGCUCUUCUGCCUUCCUAGCAUCAUUCCAGUCCUGUCCAGGACCACCUCCUCCCUUGACCUUAGGGGAACUCCAUUCCCACGAAGGAACCAGAGAAGAAUGACAGCUGGAAUACAUCCCAAUGGCCAGCCAUCUUGUCCAGCCCUUCCCUCGGCCUCCUGUCCAACGAGCGGUCUUGCAGCCUCUGCUCGAAGACCCCGAGGGAGGGCGACCUCGCUAUCUCUUGUGGCAGCCCAUUCCGUCAGGGGCAAUUCUCGUCAGCCUAUAUCUGCCUCUGCAAGUUUCCCCCAUCACCCUUAGUUCUGGCCUCUGUGGGCAGAGAAAUCUCGUUCAUUCUCUACAUGACAGACCUUGAAAUACUUGAAGACAGCUCUCAUAUCCCCCCCAAUCUCCAAGUGAAACACCCCAUUCCUUGACUGAGCCUCCCUAGACAUGGGCUCCAAGCCCUUCCCCAUCCUUGAUGCCCUCCUCUGGACACUCUCCAGCUGAUCAAUGUCCUUCUUGAACUGUGGUUCCCAGAACUGAGCCCAGUGUUCCAGGUGCACUCUGACCAGGGCAGAGUGCGGGAGAACUCUCACCUCCCCAGCACCUGGUGACCUUGCCUCCCUCUGCUGUUCCAAGUGUCCUCCUCCCAGGCUGUCAAGGACUCAUCUGCCUCGAUGUUCUGGGUCCCAGAGGUGUCCGAGAGGAAACAAUGACGUCAUUUCUUUCUGCACCUCAGGCCUCCCGAUUUUAAUAGGCAUCUGCUGCCAAUAUUAUCACAGCUUCCCUCUGGGACGUGAUAUCACUGUUCCCUUCCAGUGGGUCUCCAAUGAUGAUGUCACUGCCUCUUUGAACGAGGCUUUCCAUGAAUGGUGUCACCCCUGCUGUCUCGAUGAUGUCAUCUCCUCCUUCCAGGGCAGCCCCCAAAGAUGUCAUGGCUGCCGCAUCCUCUGGGACCCCUCCCCCAUCAUAACAGAUGUCACUGCUUCCUGGCCUGGCCCACAAUGAUGACAUCGACCCCUGGCAGGUGGAGGCGGCUUAUCUCUGCCUGGAGGAGUUGCUUCCUCUUGGAGUGUCCUUUGAUGACAUAAUUCUCCUCACCCAUGGGCUGCUGCCCACUGACUCGCCAUUCCUAGCCAGGGUUCCUGCCCACUGCCAGUGGUGUCCCUGGGCCUCCCCUCAAAGACUUCAUCCCUGGAGGGCUUUGGGAAUGGGCCCCCUCUUCAUGGUGUCACUGCCUCUUUGUCCUCACUACUGUGACCUCUGACCCCUCUGACUGCCUUGACUUCAGACGAUCCCACCUCGGACUUGGGGUUGUCCUUGGGGAUGAGGGGUGGGCAGAGUGAAGCCUGGAGGAGGACAGCAGGGGAGGGGGCGAGACCAUUCCGAAGGUAUCUCCCCUUUCCUCUUCCCCAGGGAGCCUUUCUGGUGUUUGGGGGGGUUCCCCCCAUUCCCAAUGCACAACCCAUCUUCCUCCCUUGUACAUAGCCAUGAUUUGGGGGUGCCUAUACCCCAACACUAAAGGGCUAAAAAACCCUCCCCCAGCCCCCAGGGCAAGGUGGGGGGGCUCUCCUCCCCAGUCUGUCCCCAAUCCUUCCCCCCGCAAAUGCCUGCACUUCUGCCCUCAGCUCCAGCUGCACCUUGAUGGUGAAACCAGGCCCUUGACAGGGCAGGGAAAGGAGUUGAGUGAGACUCCCCAAAUGCCUCAUGGCAAGACUCCUUUUUCUAAGGGCCCCCCCGGCCCCCAGUCUUUUGCUGAGGCCCCACUCCCUUCAUACAAUAGGGCCUUCCUUGCCCUUCUCCAAUUCAGAGAUCCCCAUAGCCUCCAGAAGAGACCUGGGGGAAUAUCCCACCCACAUUCUGGUCCUUCCCCCUUGUUUUCCCUUCAAGGACCCAGGUGUGGUAUUGCCCCACCUGCCUGGGCUGCCUAUGCCCCCUAGACGUCUGAUUAUAAGCCAUAAUGGGAAAAGGACCAGGGGCAGCAUGGGAGGAUUCGGAGGCGAGACAGAGCAAAGCCAGGACAUCCAGUCUCUUCCACUCCCCACAAUUGCUUCUAACCUUUUGUGUUCUGGAAUUGCCAGAGGGUGGAGGAGAAACAGCUCUGUGGGAGAGGACACUCCAAGCCUCACAUCUCCCUCUCUCUGCUCUCUGCCUGAGUGAAGCCAGAGUCAUUGUAUCUUUGGGAUUUUUUGAAUA